GAUUUACUCUCACGUGACGGUGUUGCUUGCCCAGUAAACAGUGACGUCAGCGGUAGCAUGGCGGCUAGCGGUGCGUCUGUGACUGUUCUGACUCUUAACGGGAGAAGGCAGGUUAUUAAAGUUUGUCCAAACACGCCGCUGCUACAGGUGCUGGAGGAAGUGUGUAAAAAGUACGGCUUUAACCCCGAUGAUCACAGUUUGAAGUUCCAGAGGACUGUUGUUGACCUCACCCUGCCAUGGAGGUUUGCCAACUUGCCCAACAAUGCCAAACUGGAAAUGGUGCCAAGUACAAGGAAAGCAGCUGCAGCCAACAACCAGGUGCGGAUCGCACUGCAGAUGGAGGACGGCUCUCGGCUCCAGGGUUGUUUUUCGUGUGAACACAGUCUGUGGGAGCUGCUCAUUCAUUUCCCUGACAUCAGUGUGUCGGCGCUUUCUGACCCAGAAUCCACUCCGGUCUGCGUUUACAUGAGAGACCAGGUGAGUGGAGAGGAAGCGUUGAAGAAAUCCACUCUGCGGUCUCUAGGUCUCACCGGAGGCAGCGCCAUUAUCAGGUUCUUACUCAAAAAGAGCAGAAUGUGUGCAGAGGAAACGACUGAAAUGCCUUCCUGGUCAGCUUUGGCGGUUGUUGAGGAAGGUGCACAGAGUGUCUCCUCGCUGCUCAGUUUCGAUCCGUCACGUCCGCAGACACAGACAUCAGAGUUGCCAGUGGAAAACCACACUUCUCCAAAUCCUGCCUCCGACACAGACACACUUCCUGUUCUGGAGGUGGUGAGUCCAAGCACUGAGCCUGUAGAUCAUCCAGAGACUCCACCCACUGGAACAGAAAUGCCAGAGGAAAAUGUUGAAGAGGCGGGGCCAUCAGGACUUGAUUCCCACUCGUGCUCCUCAGCUCCUUCAGCACCUUUCAUUCCAUUUUCGGGGGGUGGUCAACGUCUCGGUGGUUCAAGGGGAGGUUCAGUUGCGUGCUUGUCAUCCUCAGCAUCUUUACCAGCUGUGAGCGCUGCAGGGGAGUCACCUAAAGCCAAGAAAGCCAAGUCCAGCCACAGUGCAAACACCAAGUCAAAGUGUCAACCUGCAGCUGAUCAGCAAGACCAGAACAUGGACCAGGGACACGAGGCCUUCCAGCCGGUGGAGCGCGAGUCUGUAAUCUACCACCUGGGCUCUGCAGCCCGUCACCGCGAGGAUCACAGCGAGGUCCCGGACGAGUUCUUCGAAGUGACCGUGGAUGACGUACGAAAGCGCUUUGCCCAGCUGAAGAGUGAGAGGAGGUUACUGGAGGAAGCACCGCUGAUGACAAAAGCCUCGAGAGAAGCCCAGAUGAAAGAGAAGAUUAGCAAAUAUCCCAAAGUGGUUCUGAGGGUUGAGUUUCCAGACAGACAUGUUCUGCAGGGUUUCUUCAGGCCUCUGGAAACAGUUGCUGCUCUGAGGUGUUUUGUGAAGAGUCACUUGGCAGAUCCUCAGCUGGACUUUUAUCUCUUCGUCACCCCACCAAAAACUCUUCUGGAUGAACCUUCAGUUACACUUUUCCAGGCAGACCUGUUCCCUGGUGCUCUGGUGCACUUUGGCUCUCAUGUGAAAUUUUACUUGAAGAGGGAGUUAAUGGAGCAGUCGGUCACAGCGUCUCAAGCAAAUGAGUCCAUUGCAAGUUGCAUGCUCGUGGUACCAGAUGCCUCCUCCAACUCCCUGGACUCUCAGAAUCCACCGCCACCUCCUGAGACAACUGAGAGCACCCAGGAGUCUGCACAGGAGGUGUCAGACCUGCCUGCACAGAGCGCGCCCACAAAACCUGCCCGGACCGACCCAGGCAAGCUGCCCAAAUGGCUCAAACUUCCAGGUGAUGUCCCGCUGCACGGUUCUGAGCGUUGAGUCCAAUCUGCUGUCCUGCUGAGCCUGGCCUCCUGAUG